AUGAAUCCCUCCAGCUUCAGCAACAGCAGCGAGAGAAACGAGACCGGAGCGCUGGACUGGACCCAGGUUUAUGAGGCGGUGAGCUGGAUCCAGCUGGUGAUGGGCGUGCUCAGUAUUGUGGGUUCCGGCUCCAUCAUCGUGUGUUUGCUGCUGCAGAGACGCUGCUGCAGAAAACCAGAGCUGCAGCCUCUGUUCCUGCUCAGCGUGUCCGACCUCCUGCUCUCCGUCAGCUGGACCAUCGGGGCGGUGCUGUUCUCCCGCCGCUGCAGCCGGACCGGGCCCUGCUACAACCUGCACGCGCUGGAGCAGGUUCUCUACAUGGCCUCCUUCUUCUACACCCUCAACUACGUGUGGAACCUCUACAAGGCAACCAGGGAGAAGUUCUACAGCUGUUCUACAGGAUACUCGGUCCAGUUCUCCAACAGAGUUAGCACGGCGGCUAAAGUCACGGCGCUGCUGUCAUGCCUGCUGCCGGUUCUGCUCAUGACACCCGUGUUCAUCCAAGGAAACGUUAGCCACUGCCAGGCUAACCUGAGCCAGCCCUACAGGUGUCUGCUGAUGCUAACCGGAGCUUUGUACCGAACCACCGAGCCGCAGCAGCUGAGCCGAACCUGCAGCUUCCUGCACACCUACCACAUCCUGGUGUUCCUGGGGAGUUUCCUGCUCACGCUGGUGGGAAUCACGGUUCUGGUGCUAAAGGCCCGCUGCAUCUACCGGCGCGCGGUGGCGUCCAGCGGUUACCUCGGCAACGAGCAGCGUGCCGUGUUCCGGCUGAUGGACCGACGGAUGAUCCUGUACCCGCUGGUGUUCCUGCUGUGCUGGGGCCCAGCGGUGACCCUGGCGUUCCUCAGGGUGGCGGCGCCGGCGGCGGGACACGGCGGGCUGGGGGUCGUCCUCUACAUCUCUCAGGCCUUCACCUCGGCCUCCCAGGGAUUCCUCAACUGCCUGGUGUUCGGCUGGACCCGGGCCGGGCUGCGUCGGGCCGGCAGGACGGCCCUGCGGCGGGACGUGGACACCCAGACCCCCCUGCUGAGGAACCAGCAGGUGGGGGGGUACCGGGCCCUGAGGACCCUCACCUGAGGACCUGAGGACCUGAGGACCCUCACCUGAGGACCUACCGGGCCCUGAGGACCCUCACCUGAGGACCCUCACCUGAGGCCCUGAGGAACCAGCAGGUGGGGGGGUACCGGGCCCUGAGGACCCUCACCUGAGGACCUGAGGACCCACCGGGCCCUGAGGAACGUCACACUGAGGCCCCGUCUCCACGUAUCAAAACACUGGUGUUUUCAUGCGUUUUGUUUGUUCGUUUACACGAAAACGAAGCUCAAAGUCUCCAAAAACCAUAAUUCCUGAAAACUCCGGCCAAAGUGUAGAUUUUUAAAACCUCCGUCUUCACGUUUGCUUGUAAACGGAGAGAAACGGACAUUUAUUCUUCAGAACGUCACAUUAUGAGACAGAAACGUCACCAGCGUCAUGAGUGACACCUGUGGUUACAAUUAGUUUGUAACCGUCAAUAUUUUCUUGUAUUUUACCUGUUUUAUAUUCUAACGUCACACUUAAAAGUAACUCCACUUCUCUGUCACUCCAAACCAAACACUCUGGUUCAUCUUGGAAGUAACUGGAAGUUACUCGUGUCAUUUGUUGAUGUUUUUUUCCAGGAUUCUGAUUGGCUAGCAUGACUUUAUCUUCUCGUUACACUGCCCCCUGUAGGUUUGGCUGCUCAUAGCACCUUAACAGAUAUUUAUGCAGGUUCCUGGAAAUGAUGGCAUUUUUAUAAACGUAGAGGGGGAAAUAUCCGUUUUUGAGAAAUUUUGAGAAAAAAGUCGAGAAAAAGUCGAAAUUUUGAGAAAAAAGUUGAAAUGUCGAGAAAAAGUCAAAAUUUUAAGAAAAAAAUCGAGAAAAAGUCGAAAUUUUGCGAAAAAAGUUGAAAUUUUGCGAAAAAAGUUGAGAAAAAAGUCGAAAUAUUGAGAAAAAGACGAAAUUUUGAGAAAAAAAGUGGAAAUUUUGAGAAAAAAGUUGAGAAAAAAGAAAAAAGACUUUAUCUUCUCGUUACACUGCCCCCUGUAGGUUUGGCUGCUCAUAGCACCUUAACAGAUAUUUAUGUGUAAAUGAUGGUAUUUUUCAAAGCGUAUGGGGGGAAAUAUCCGUUUUUGUAAAUACCCGCUCUGUGGAAACGUGGCCUGAGAGCAGGGGGAACCCCCCCGCCCCCCCCUCACCUCCGGCCCUGAACCGCCGAGGCCAGAAAAGAGGAAGAGGAAGAACGGGGGGGUUUACAGACGGAGGAAGAGCGACGGAGAAAACAGGAUCUGAAGAAGCUUCAGUCAGUCAGAGACGACGGAGCUGCAGGUGGAGGAGACAGACGGCUGAUGUAGAACUGCUAACAGUUAUUAUUAUUA